AAAAUUGAAGUAUAAAUUAAUAAUUACACAAAGAUUUUUUAUUCAAUUCGUUUAUUCUUAUUUCGUUGUAAAUUAUGAUAACAACUAAAUAAUACUUCGUGAUAGUGUUACAAAGUGAAUAAAAAUGUACGAAUAGUUAAUAUUAACCUGAAAAUGGUAUGCAAUUUACUUAUUUUUAAGUAUUACUAAAAUUAAGUAAUUUACAAAUUGUAGCCAAUAGUACUGCUACAAUUUGCUAGUUUUUUUUUCCCAUUUAAUUGGAAAUGGAUAUUAAAUCACAUGAAAAUUCCUUUAACAUACAAACGUCAGAUCCUUGGUCAGUACAUGUAAUAAGUCCAGAAAAUAAAUCGGUAAACGUUCACUUUGAAAAUAAUUUUAUUCCUAUAGAGCAACAAACUAAAUCUUUUCAACCUUUACCUGAUACUGAAGAAUAUUUACAGUGUUUGGAACGUAAACUAGAUAAGUUAAAAAAUUGGUCAAAGUCUGAUCAGUCAAAGGGCAGACAGAUAAUUGAUCAGUUGUGUGACGCUCGGAGAACUUGCCUUGAAAAUUUAGUUGAUUCUAAUCACAUUAUAUUUGAACAAGAUCAUUCAGACUUACAACCCUCAGGUUUGUCUUCUUGGAUAAAUCCAGAACAACCAUUAUCAUCUAUUGAAACACAAAGGUUAAUUGAACCUGAUACCCAAGAUGAAUGAAUUUUGGAGCAGACGAACUUGUGUAAUACUCACAGGUGCAAGUAAAGGUAUUGGACAAGAAUUAGCUGUCGAAAUAAGCCGUCUGUUAAUUCCUGAUUCUGCUAUGGUGUUAAUUGCCAGAAGUACGGUUGGUCUAGAAAAUACUAAAUAUAUGGUUAAUAAAGAAAAUAAAGAUAUAUUUGUUGAGUAUUAUAGUGUUGAUUUAUAUAAUUCUAAUGCUUUAAUGUUUGAAAAAAUUCUUGAGCCUAUUGAUCAAUUAAAAUAUGAACUUUAUUUGCUAAUUCAUAAUGCUGGAUCAGUUGGUAAUCUUGAUCAUCUAGCAGCUGAUAUGAAUGAUCCAGACGAAUGGAAUAGAUACAUGUCAUUGAAUCUGUACUCAGUUGCAUGUUUGACAAGUGUAUUUUUAGCAAAAUUUAAUACUAAAAAAACUGAAAAAUGUAUCGUUAAUAUAACGUCAUUGUUUGGUAUUGAGGCUAAACAAUCAGUUGGUUAUUACUGUGUUGGCAAGGCUAGUAGAGAAAUGUAUUUUCGAGUUUUAGCUAAAGAAAAUCCAACUCUCAAUAUUCUAAGUUAUUCACCUGGACCAAUUUUGACUGAUAUGACUAUGCAAAUAUCUGCCAAUUGUAAGGAUCAAAAACUUCGUGAAGAAUAUAAAAUAAUACGCGAGAGAGAUUGGGUAAAAGUUGAAGAUACUUGCAAAAAGUUAGUCAAUGUAUUAGCCAUGAGGAACUAUCAAACAGGAAGUCGUAUUGAUUAUUAUGAUGUAUAGUUUAUAAAUAAUAAUAAUCAUCUUUAUCUUAACUUUGUUUAAUCCACUUAAGUAUUAUAUAUAGAUUUUAAUUUAUGAAUAUUAUAUAAUUAUCAAAAUUUAUCAUAAUGCUAAUUAUUCAUUUUUAUUUUAAAUUUUUGUAUUGUAAAUUUAAUAAUAAUACAUUAUUUAUGCA